AUGGAGCAGCAGGUGACUUGUAUUCGGGAGCAUUUGGUGGCAGCACAAGAUAGGCAAAAGAAGUAUGCAGAUGCUCAUCAUGUGAAUCGUCAAUUUUCUGCAGGAGAUAAGGUGUUUUUGAGAGUACGUCUGCAUAAGAGUCCUAUCUGUUAUGGAAAAGGCUCUAACUUGGCAUUGCAUUUUGUUGGUCCAUUUGAGGUUUUGGAGAGGAUCGGUCUUGUAGCUUAUUGUCUAGCAUUUUCAUCCAACUUGUCUCGCAUCCAGGAUGUAUUUCAUAUAUCAAUUUUGAGAUCUUAUUUUGUUGACGUGACACAUGUAUUGGAUUGGAAUGCUUUACAGGUAGAGGUGGGUAGCUUUCUUUGA